UUAUUCACUCAACUUAUACUGUUAAUUAUCAUGUUUAUUCGUUUCAUUUAUCGAUUGAAAUUCGUGUCAGUUCCCGAGAAAUACCAGUAAAUGAAAUUAAUACUUGCCGUCUUUGAUGUUAUCCUUCCUAUUUCUGCCAUAUUACUCGCAGUGUUCAAAGUUCACAAUGUAAGCAUAAAAUGGUAUACUAUCAAUUUAUUGGCGGCAUAUUGUACUACUAAUAUUGGUCGUAAUAUCAAUGAUGAAUUAAAAUCAUUCUUUCAUUUCGGAGAUUUCACAUUAAAGAUGAUAUUUUGGUUUGCAACAUAUACUCGAUUAAUAUCAUUUACAUUGACACGUUUAAUAUUAUUCCUCUGUAUUCUUGAAAUAUAUAGCAUUUAUGCUUUGGAAGUGAAUGCCUUGAAAGCUUUAUAUAGGAGGAUUCAAAAAUAUCACAGAUGA